UUACUGCUAAACAUUUUGCUCUAUUUCCUUUUUCAUGUCUCCAUUUCCAUAUUUAUGUAAGUUUCUUCAAGUGACCAGAGCUCUUUAUACAAGCCCAGGGGUGGCAAGCCUUGUUUUGGAGAGGGGGCGGUGCAUUUGUUUCUGGUGUUGUGAGAAGAGAACGAUGGUGAGAGGAAGAAGGGAGAUAAAAAGAAUCGAGAACCCCAUCCAGAGGCAGUCCACUUUCUAUAAAAGAAGGGAUGGCUUGUUUAAAAAAGCCAGGGAGCUCUCCAUUCUCUGCGACGCCGACCUCCUCCUCCUCCUCUUUUCCUCUUCCGGAAAGCUCUACGAGUAUCACACCCCUUCUGUGCCCAGUGCCGAGGAGCUUGUCAAGAGGUACGAGGUUGCCACCCAAAAUAAGAUUUGGAGGGACCUCCACUUGGAACGAAAUGCUGAGAUGGAGAAGGUCCAGAAGUUGUGCGAGCUCUUAGAAAGAGAUCUAAGAUUCAUGAAGGUUGACGCAAGCCAACACUACUCGCUGCCAGUUCUCGACGUUUUAGAGGGCAAUCUGGAGGCAGCCAUCAACAAGGUCCGGUCGGAGAAGGAUCGGAAGAUAGUAGGAGAGAUCAACCACUUGGAAAACAUGGUAAGAGAUCGCCAGCAAGAGAGGUACGAUUUGGGCGACAAGGUUGCCCGUGCACAGGGUCUUAAAGACAUGGCAGUACCACUCAACCGACUGGAUCUGAAAUUGGGGUUCAGUUGAUCAUGGACACCAUUGCUGACAUCUGCAUGCUGAAACAAGUGGGAGAAAGCAAUAGGGAUUGUGUGCUAUGAAUGUUCAUGUGUUUCUUUAUAUUUUAAGAGCAGAAUGUAAUGCCUACCAGUACAAUCAAUGUACCAGAACGAGAUCUUUUCUAGCACUUGAAAGCCCUGUUUGACAGCAUUAUGUUCAUGUUUUCCUAA